CUCAGCUGUUCAAACGUUCACACUGAUCCAAACCGUUUCAGAUAAACCGGUUCUGUCUGUUUGAUAGAAGCUGGAUUCUGUUUCCGGAACUUUGACUUUUCUUUAACUUUCUUCGGUUUCUUUCGUGUUUUCUCGUGUUUUCUGCUCUUUUUCUCGGUCGGUGUUUGGGUCGGACGGGAAUGUGAUUGUCGGGUUUUACACUCAGAUUUGCGGCUCUGCUUCUGGGUUCUUCUGUCGCGUUGAACCGGAGAAAGACCCGGACCGACCCGGCUUCACCUGUCCGGUCCCGGUGACUGUGUCUGGAGCCAAGCAGGACCAGAUCGGGUUAAAAUGCCGGGGAUGAGAGGACUAGUUCUCUUGAGUCUCUGUUUAAACCUCCACACAUGCCGGUCCCGCCCCAACCCGCAGCUCGACCUCAACACCGACCCGCCGCUGGACUACGACUUGCUGGAUGAGGAACUGGGAGGCGGCGGGGGUCGCAUCGGGAACGGGACCGAGGGCUGCGGGACCUGUGAGCCGGACCUGUGCCCGGAGAACCGCGGCUGCCGGGCCGGCGUGGUGCUGGACUUGUGCGGUUGCUGUAAGGAGUGCGGAAACCUGGAGGGCCAAGCCUGCGACCCCGGGGACCGCAGCGUCUACUACGGGCUCUGCGGGACCGGGCUGCGGUGUCUGGCGGACCCGCGGCCCGCAGGAGGAGGUGGAGGGGGCGAGGAGGAUGAAGAGGAGGAGGUGUGUGUGUGUGAGGAGCAGGAGGCGGUGUGUGGCACUGAUGGAGUCACAUACAUGAACAUGUGUCAGUUCAGAGAGGCCGCGUUCUCCAAACCAGAACUGAAGACCAGGGGAAGGGGGCCCUGCAAGACCGCUCCCAUCAUUAAGGUUCCUCCUCACAGUCAGGUGAAUGGGACCGGCAGCAGUCUGGUCUUCCUCUGUGAGGUCUUUGCGUUUCCGAUGGCUCUGGUCGAGUGGAGGAAGGAGGGACGAGACGUCGUCCUGCCCGGGGACGACCCCCACAUCUCGGUCCAGUCUCGGGGCGGUCCUCUGAAAUUUGAGCUCUCCAGUUGGCUGCAGAUUGAGGGGGCGGGACCAGAGGACUCAGGAACCUAUCGUUGCAUUGCUCGAAACAACCUGGGGUCGGUGUCCGCCACUGCUGUACUGGGAGUACUGGGAGCAGAGGAGCUGUCGUCCUACCUGGCCAAUAGUGUGUCAAAGAUGAAGCAGUUGAUGGAUGCCACAGACUACGACCAGGACUUCUACUGACCUGAGUGCGAUGUCACUUCCUGUCACCUGGCGUCCCUUCUGUCAAGCUGACAUCAGCGCUGAGCAGCAGAGACAUCGUUUGACACUCAGGUGAUGGACAGUUCAGAGACUCUCUAUUAUUCUCAGUGUACCCUCACAUUGUCGGACAUCCCGCCGAGCUGCGGCUCCGAGGCUCAGCCG